AUGUGGGAAGAAGUGCAAACCCAAUUCUUCUACUACUUCCGCUCUGUUCGGAGGAUAAGGGAAGCGCUGUUUGCCGGCAGUCAGUUGGCCUGCGUUGUUCGGCAGGUGGGCCCCGCCUUGAACGGCCGCGUUGGUGCGCGCGGGCCGCGUUCGCCUGCCGCCUCGCCCCCCGCGCGCCCCCCGCCGCGCCCCCGCCACGCGCCGGCACGCGUGAAUCCGCUCCCGCGCAGCAGCAGCAGCAGUAGCAGACGACCACCUUGCGAGAAGCGUUCCCGCCAUGGCUCCUCGCUGGGGUUCCUCGGUGCCUGCGCGGCUUGUUCUUGGGGUGAUGGCUUUCCUGAUGUUUCUCGUAACCCAGAUGGUUCGCCUUAACCUUAACUUUGCCAUCGUCGCUAUGACUGACACCAACAGCACAGAGGAGCAGCGUGCGUGGCCCGAGCACGCGUCUGGCGUGCUGCUGGGCGCGUUCUACUGGAGCUACUGGCUGACGGAGCUGCCGGGCGGGCUGCUGGCGCAGCGGGUGGGCGGCCGCGCCACGCUGGCCGCCGGAGUGCUGCUGGCGGGCGCGCUCAACAUGACGCUGCCUGCCGCCUGCCGCCUGCACUACCUGGCCGCCGCCGCAGUGCGCGCUCUCCAAGGUCUCGCUCUGGGAGUGACGUGGCCGGCGAUGCAUUGUCUCGCAGCACACUGGAUUCCAAAAAUUGAGCGCAGCAAGUUCAUGACUUCUUAUCACGGAGCUUCUGUUGGUACAGCAUUAACUUACCCCUUAAGUGGACUUGUUAUUGCAUCUUUUGGUUGGGAGUCUGUAUUUUAUAUUAUUGGAUCCUUAAGUUGUUUGUGGUGUAUUGCAUGGUGGCUCCUCGCCUACAAUACUCCUUCUGAUCAUCCACGAAUCUCUGAAAAAGAAAAGAUUUAUCUUGAAGAGCACUUGGGAAAAUCUCUGUCAACAAAAGAGUCAUCAUCCUUGAAGACUCCAUGGAAAAAUAUUUUCUAUUCUCGUCCCUUUUGGGCAGUUCUCGUGGCUUCUCAAGGGCUAAUGUGGGGUUCCAUAACACUAUCAAUGCAAAUGCCCACCUACUUCUUUGCUGUGCACAACUUGGACAUAAAAACUAAUGGCUUGGUUUCUGGAAUUCCAGAUCUCAGCAAAUUCAUUUUUGGACUGAUGUUUUCAUCAUUAAUGGACCACUUGCUAAAAAAGGAAAUUCUUUCAAUAACAGCAACACGGAAAAUUUCUGUAGCUGUUUGUGAAUAUUUGCCAGCAUUUUUGCUCAUUAUUCUUGCAUGGAUUGGUACUGAAAAUGCUGUUGUGGCAGCUGCUCUACUAUCAUUUGCUACUGCAGUAGGAGGUGCUAGUUCUUCAGGAAGUCUGGCAAAUAUAGUGGACCUCAGUCCAAAUUUUGCAGGAACAAUUCUAGGCUUAAUAAAAGUCUUAACAUUCAUCCCAGGUGUUUUGUCACCAAUGAUAGUGAGCCUUCUUCAAAGUCAUGUGGAAAAAGACAUGGUGUGGACAUAUGUCUUCAGUAUGCUGACCUGUGUGUAUACACUUUGUUGCACUGUAUUUUUAAUUUUUGGAUCUGGAGAAGUGCAAAGUUGGAAUGAACCUAAAGAUUUACCAGUGGCAGAAUUAGAAGAAUUAGUUUCUUCAAAAGCUAAAUGUUAAUGAAUUAGAAGAAUGACGACAAACUCUUGCCAUGACAUGAUGAAAAAUCAAAUGAAUUGGGAUAUGGCAAAACCCUCCAUUCUCACCUUCAAAAAUUUGUCCCGAGUGUAAGUAAACAUGAACAAAAACAGAAAAUGUCAUUUUUCUUAUAACAAACUUCCGUUGGGAUCUGCCACUAUUAUUCUGAGUGUCUCAAUUAUCCCAUUUCAAUUUUUUAUUUCCUUACUCUUAUUUCUAUGUUUCACAGAAAGUUUUAUGUACAAAAUUUUAAUUUGCUGAAUAAAAGAAUGAAAAUAUUA